AUGGACCUUCCACCCCUCCAAAGCGUCUUAGCAAGCGAUAGCGCACAAGAUGCACCUCUCGCACGAACUCUCUCUCUCUUAUUUGAGCCUUCGGAUAUUAUUUUUUCCCAUCUGGUACCACAACUCGUCUCAUCUCGUGCAAAAAAAUCAACCAUCACCUCUUACUCAGAACUCAUCGAUGUCGCCAUCGAACUUAUAGGACACUGGGAUGCUUCACUUCGAUUGGCAUUUAUCGCAGGCCACCCACGGAUUGGCGAGACCCGUAACCUUUCGGCUUUGAGCGCUAAGGAGCAGGGAGGAGCGAACGCAACGACAGUCGUAACUCCGCCCGAGGUACUGCGUAGAUUGGCCCAUCUCAAUAGAUGCUACGAACAUAAAUUUCGCGGGCUGAUAUAUAUGACAUUUGUGAAUGGGAGGAGUAGAGCUGUUAUCGCGGAAGAGAUGGAGGAUAUGCUUGGCAUUGAGCAUUCGUUGUCGCCUGACGAACCUAACGUGAACAGCAUUUGUCCUGUUAAAACGGGUGAAGAAGAAUGGGUAUCAGAGCUUGAUAGAGCAGUGCAUGAUGUCGGCCGCGUCGCGAAAAGUCGCUUGAACACCCUUGACGUGUAA